UGCAUGGGAGGUGGACAGGUUAUCCCGCAUCUUGAAAAGUGGGUUGCCAUUUAUGACAAGCAAGUCCUACCCUUUCUCACCCUCGAAACCGUUAGAUUUCUGAACGGAAUCCCGAGGCCUUUACCAAAAUGGCAAAAGACUGUCAGCGUGGUAGAAGAAUGUUCCGUGGCAACUCUAGAGAAGAUAGCGCUGGAGGAGGAGGUAACGCGGAUGAAGGCCACGCGCGAGGAUAAGCAUCCAUCAAAUCACAGGCGACCGUGGUCGCCCACUAUAAUGCCGAUGAUGUUCAGUUGGGAUGAUUACUAUUGAUUAGAUGAAGCCAGCGAUGAACGAUGAAGGACAGACCU